AUAAAAAAAAUGUCAUAAAGUUUAAAAAUUAUUAUUAUUUAAAAAAAAAACAAUUCUAAAAAUAUUCAAAUAAUCAGAAAAAAGUUCAACGACAGCGAGAAAAUUUUUAUGUAAAUUAAAAAAAAUGGCAAAUUUAGGAGCAAUAAUGUUUGCAAGAGUUACAUUUUAUCCAACUUUAGUCUAUAAUAUGAUGAUGGAAAAAAUGAGUACACGUAGAUGGUACGAUAGAAUUGACGAUACAGUUAUUCUUGGUGCUUUACCUUUUCGGCACAUGACAAAGCAGUUAAUUGAUGAAGAAAAAGUUGUCGCAGUCGUAUCUAUGAACGAAGAUUAUGAACUUCGACUUUUUUCAAAUUCCGCUGAGGAAUGGUCCAAAAACGGAGUUGAAUUCCUUCAACUAUCAACGACAGAUAUUUUUGAAGCGCCCUGCCAAGAGAAGCUUGAGAAAGGCGUUAAUUUUAUUAACAAAUUCCAAAAUAUUCCUAAUAAUAAUAAUAGUAAUACAGAAAAAAUAGAAAAAAGUUUAGGAAGAGUUUAUGUACAUUGCAAAGCUGGCAGAACACGAAGUGCGACACUUGUUGGUUGUUAUUUGAUGAAGAAACACGGGUGGACUCCAUCAGAAGCUGUAGAUUAUAUGAGAAGUAAACGUAGUCACAUACUUCUACACACUGCUCAAUGGAAUGCGUUAAAAACAUUUCAUAUUAAUCAUAUUAAAAAUUAAUGAUUAUAAUAAAACAAUUUGAAAUUUA